UAAAAACCUGCUUACCGUGUUAAACGCAGAUUAUCAAAAUGGGUGCAGAAGUAAAUAUUUGGAUGUCUCGUUCCUUAAUCUUGUGUGUGUUGAUGAUUUUUACGGUUGGACCAAGAUCAUUAUGCAAUGGUGCUUACGUAUCGAGCAUAACUCCUACUUCAGGUGGCUAUGGCGGACAAGUAAAAGUGACAAUAUCUGGAUCAGGAUUUUCAAAGGAACAGUUCAGUCUUUACAGUGGGGAAAAUAUUGGUAAUUUAGUUUACCUUGUGAACGCUCACGGUCGUCAACACUCAUGCUCUGUACAAAAAGAAGGCUCCAAUCAAAACCGAAUAAUUUUCUAUACCCCAAGUGGUUUAAAGAGCAAAGAUACGUACAAUGUAAAGGUUGCUGUUGACGGACAACGUAUAGAAGACAAAUCAAUUUGUGGAGGGAAAUCUUCAUGUUCAUUCAGUACACAGCCUUUGUUUACUCCAACAAUUAACGUUUUAACACCGCAGUCAGGAAUACCAGGUUCGCAAGUAAAUAUAUCAGGCAUACUUUUCACCGAUAGAUACACAACUGAUGUGGCAACUGCAACAAAUGGUAAAAUCCAGACAUUGCUAAGGUUUGGAAUAUCUCUUGCUAAUCAAGAUUCAAACUAUGGUCUCAUCGAAUGCAAAACCACAGGUGCUUCGGUCGGUUUCUUCAAUGUCAGUUUUCUUGUUGAUCUUCCCUAUGGCAGGUAA